AAUCACUUUAUCAUAAAAAAGAAGAAAGAAAACCCAAUUUCCUUUUUCUUCAUUGCUUGGCUUGUCUGCUUGCCAUUGGGUGGAGGACUAAGCAAUCUGUUGUCUCUCCGGAAGAAAGAUGGAGAGUAAACAAAAGCAAAGAACCCCACACUUAAAAAUUUGUAAGAAAGAAAAGUAGCAGUAAACCAGCAGUAGUAGCAGUAGGCUAAGGUGGUUUAGUUUUUAGUGAGAGAGAAAAAGGCAUAACCAAUUAGGGCUCCGUCGGAAAGUUGCCCACAUAAAGGAUUCGCUUUGGGGGUUGAGUUUUCGAGAUUGAUAUGGCAUUUUUCUUUUGGUAUUUGUCCCAACAUGCGACUGGAGGGUUUUGAUGAGCUGAAAUGAAAAAAUUUGAUACUCUUUUGAAGGAAGUUGAGGGGUAAGAUGAGGUGGUCGUUAGUUAAUUUUGACAUUUGAAUUUGGUCUGGUGUUUUUGGGUGAAGUAAACUUUUGAGUGAAAUCGCGUAAGAAAGGAAAAAAUGACAACAGAAUCAAACACGGGGUUUCAUCAUGAAGAUAGUUUAGCUUUUAUGAUGAAUCGGAACGCUAUAUCUUUCCAAUCAGCUGCUAUUAGCAGUAGUUCCGAGAUGAUUCCGAUAAGUAGUUACUUUGCACCGCCGCCCUUGUUUUUGUCAGGGAAUUCCGGUAUCAUUACCACCUCCCCUUGCUUAAUCCAACCUGGAACCUCUUCUGGCUCUUCUCUCCUUCUUGAUUCCGUUGCAGGGCUCAAGCAUGAUACGGGGUUGGCUGUUGAAUGGUCUGUCGACGAACAGCACAUAUUGGACAAUGGCCUUGAAAAAUAUAAAGAGGAACCAAAUAUUAUGAAGUAUAUAAAGAUUGCGGCUACCUUACCUGAUAAAACUGUACGUGAUGUUGCGUUGAGGUGUAGGUGGAUGCAAAGAAAGCGGAGGAAACCUGAAGAAUAUAUUGCAGGAAAAAAGGUGAACAAUAGGAAGGAUAAGCUGGUGGAAUCAUCUUCAAAAAUGAAUAUGCCUUCAGCUCUGCCACAAAACAUGACUGUAUAUCCUCUCAUGGUGCACCAUUUGGGCCAGAAUGAAAGAAUGCCUUCUGAAGGAAUAAGUGGUACAACUAUGCAACGUUUGAAGCAAAAUGCUCAAACUUUUACUCAAAUCACAUCCAAUCUUUCGGCAUACAAGUUACAGGAUAAUAUUGAUCUCUUUUUUCACGCAAGGAACAAUAUUACCGCCAUCCUAAAUGACAUGAGAGAUAUGCCAGGUUUAAUGAGCCAGAUGCCACCAUUGCCUGUAUCUGUUGAUGAGGAUUUAGCAAAUAGCAUCUUGCCCGGUGCAACUAGUGUCUUGCCUAGUGCAACUCAGUCGAUGAUUUAUGCUUUGUCAAGCGGGGUCCAUCUCAAGCAGGAGCCAAGGUGCUGAUAGGGAAUUGUUGAGAUUGAGGUUGGGUAUAUCUGCUCUGUGUAAUUACAAAAAAAAAUUUCUACUGUAAAUGCAUAAGAAGGUGGUAGGAUGCUGUUCUUCCUCUUCUGUACACAAAUACUCUUCACACGUUGGGUGCCUCAAUGGAAAAAUUUGUAGAGAUCCCCAUUUUUGGAACCUAAAAUGUUUACCCUCCAGAUAUCAAAAACCAAGCACCAGAUAAUAAGAAUGCAGACUGGUUAUCAUCUCCUGGCUCCAGGCAGAAAAAGAAGAAUUGUCUAACUGAUUGAGCUGAAUUUUGCAUUGAAGUUUCAUGUGUAUAAUUUAUAACUUGCUACACCUUGGAGUGGAUAUUUGGUGCUUGAUUUAUAACUGCUUGCAGUUUGUUAAUCUUCUUGUUUCAGUAUUAGACCAAUUCGAAUGCUUGAUAAGGUCAAUUCCACUUCCUCUCAA